GUGUUUCACAUCUUGUAAAUUUGUCUGAGCGCUGAUAAAAGUGUUUCGGCACUUGCAAAUGUGUUUUCUAAAAUGUAAAUUUGUUUCGGGACUGGUAAGUGUUUUGCUCAUGUCAUUUUGUUGUAUGAUAUGUAAAAAUGUUUUCCAAAAUGUACAUUUGUCUCAAGCUUUGUAUAAGUGUUUCACACUUUGAAAUGUUGUUUUGCAUUUCCCAGAUAUGUCAGUGAUUUUCUUUAUUUCUUUUAUUGUCAACAAAUCAUAUGUGCAGAGCUAAAUUAACAAUGUUCUAUGUUGUUCUAAUAAUCUAUUAACAAGUAUUGUGUGUGUGUACCCAAAGCCAGACAUGUCUUGUUCUUCUAUGCCAUAGACCUCUAUUGUCCAAAAACUAUUAAAACCACAUCAAUGAGGCACACCACUGCACUGGGUGAUAUUUAGCCAUGCUGAGAUUAUGGUCACAGUAGUUUGUUUAGAAACAGAGUUAUUAAGAGUCUCUCGAGAAUAGCUUUGUGUAAGGCAGCAUGUGCAAGUGCAGGAAAGUGGUUCAUUAGAUUUUUGUGGUACAUAACACUGUUGUGACUAUUAAUAAUAUAUAUAAGAUUAAUAUAAAUAUAUUAAUGAAAUGAGGUACACAGUUGUUCAUGCCGUCUGGUUUAUUUACUUUCCGCUCUGCACACAGAUUACAGUCAAGCUACUUCCUUCUCUAGUUCUAUCCAGUUCCUGUCCAGGUGCAUUUCAAAGUAAAGGUCCUGCUGUAGCAGUACUAAUAAACAUUACAAACACAACUUCCUAUCUUUUUGCUACAAUAUACAGUAUAGUCAUUUUAGUGUAAUUUUGGUAUAAAUUAUUCCUGUGAUACACCUUUUUUUCUUGCUAUUUCUGUGGAGUGCUGUCGCUUUUUACCGUUUUAUGCUCUGUAUUCAUGCCUAAUACUUAAUAUUGAAACCUGGGUUUUAAUUUUUAAAUUUAAUGUCUAUUACUCUCAGCACAGAAAUACACAUACAACAGAUACAUUAACACCUGCUGGGACUGAUAACACACCUUCAUUAUGGUUAACACACCUCCUCUGUUGUGAUGAUGUAUAUAGCCUUACUCCUCAUAUCUUUUUAAAUGAACACUAACGGUAACUGUGGAAAGUCCCGCCAGUUAUAACAGCCCAGGUGUAGAAAAGAAAUGAAGGGUGGAUAAAAAAAGGCAGUUUAUAAAUUACAAGUGAUGGAAUAAUUGACUUGUUUGUCCCCAGGCCAUGAAAGCUGGUGCCUCGUCAGAAAAAAACCUGCAGGGUUGCAUUCCACGCUAAGCUUUUACUCAACACACUGUGGAAACAGGGUGUGAGUGAUGUUGUGAAAUUUGGGAGAAAACACGUAGACGUAAAUCAGGCUGAAACACAUUCAAAGGCCAAUGCUGAGUGAGAUUAUAGGAAAAAGCUGACAUAACUAUCUGCCCAUGCCUACUGUUUCAUCCUCUUUCUGAUGACAGCAGCAGUGGAGGAGCAACUGAGACCUUUACUCUGGUCAAUGUAACGCAAUACUAUUUGUUUCUGAAAAAGCAAUGUCAUCACACAUAUUAAGUUUGUAAUAACUAUCAUCCCUAUAUCAUCUGUGGAUGACCAUUAAACCCAAAAAGUAGUACACACUGUAAAUGGAGACGCGUUGACAUUUUUUGAUGAUUUAUUUCAACAGUGCAUUUUUUUGUUUUUCUAAAACACUGGUUUAACCAUUUGUCACUGAAUGCCUAAACAGUGAGUUGUUUCCUUUUCUCUUCAUCUCUGAUGAAGUCACACUUUUUGCAGUGAGAGGCAUCUUGCUUUUGCAAGGUAAAACAUCACAGCUGCAAUCAAAGUAGCACAAUAACAACAGACAAACCUUACAUGGUGCUCAGAGUUCCAUAUUAAUGAUUUUUUCCUUCAUUUUGCAUUAUUUUCUGUCUGUAAAUUUACUCCUGUUGGUCAGCAAAAAUGAGUAGUAUUCAAAGCUAGAGGACCUUGUAUGCUGUAAAUUGUGAUGGCCAGUGUUUUCUUGCAAAUGGAAAAAGCUACUUUUGGGUAAACACAUAAAAUCCAGGUGAAUAUUGGUUCAAAUUGAUCUGCUCCUUUUUAAAAACCCAGAUAUAUGCAAGUAAAUAUUAACAGUGAAAUGUGAGCCUUACAACACUGAGAACUAUAGUUCUUAACUGAUAGUUAAAAUAGUAGAUUAUACUUGUGAGUGUGAGGUUAGUGUAAUGUAGUAAUGGUUUAAAACAUGCUACAAUAUUUGUUGAGAGGUUUUUGACAAAGCACUCUCACCACAACUUCCAUUAAGUAGCCGGAGUUUUGAUCAUAUUGUGUGGUCUUCAUUAGAGUAUGGAUAUUAUCCAGUUGCCAUGGACUUGUGAAUGUUCAAUUUAUCUCUUUUUCUUUUGGAUAAGUAAGUUCUUAACUGGCCUGCACAGAGCGUUGACCUUAACCCCAUCCAACACCUUUGGGGUGAACUGGAACACCAACUGUGAGCCAGACCUUAUCACCCAACGUCAGUAGUCAUCCUCUCUAAAGGUCUUGUUGCUUAAUUGAAAUGAAUCUUCACAGCUAGGUUCACAUCUGGUGAAAAGCCUUUCCAGGGAUUAUACAUGUAAUUUUUGUGUGUCCACAUACUUUCAAUCGUGUGGUGCUAGUUCACACUGUGUUUUUAAUCAUAUCAAUGUGUUGUUUAUGUAGUAGAAGUAGUGGUAGUUAAUCAGGAAUCACUAGGUACCAGAGGAGAUUUAGUAGACUACAGAAACCUGCAGCUUGCAGUGUGCAACAAAAAACCUGAACACACCUCUUUAACUCAGUGUGUGUUUGCCCUGCAGUAUACUGUCUGCCUCACUGUUAGGAUACACUUAGUAUUAACAUUCCAUUUACUCACCUUUGACCUGAGCUUUGUUGCUGUGCUUCUCAAUUUGGUCACUCCUUAGGUUCAUUUGAGCAUGCUGACUUCUGAGUGUGUGACCAGUCAGUAGUCUAUCAGGCAUACAGUUAAUAUUCCAGCAUUGCUUGCAUUGAAACAAUGCAUUCUCCCAACUUUUGGUAUAUUUACCUUCUUCCUGCUCAUUUUAUGUUUCUAUAGAAGGAGACAAAAUCUGCAUAUACACAGCCAUCUAAUGGCUGUGGCCUACUCUCAUGCAAGAUCUCAGGGAUCCCGGCGCACAGGUGGUCGAGUGGUUAGAGCACAUGCCAUAUACGCAGCCGCCCCCCAGUUCGAAUCCCGAUCGGAGGUACUUUGCUGAAUGUCACACCCACCUCUCCCCCGCUCUAUGUUUCCUGUUGGUCUACUGCUAAAUAAAUGCGUCUGUGCCAACCAAAUCUUGAAGAAAAAAAAAAGAUCUCAGGGAUCCUUUCAUAGAAAAUAACUUCAUUAAUAUACAUCAUAUGAUGACUGCCAAGUCGAAUAUUAAAAGCAACACCUCUAAAGAGUGACUUGGCUGAGGUGCUGAAUUUGUUAGGUGGCCUGAAAGCCAAAGGCAGCGUGAUCUACCCAGCACACUGAACUGAAAGAUGCUGGGCUGAAAUGGUUUGUUUUAGCCAGUCCAACCAAACUUGGCAAACUGAAAUCAGGGAUAAACUAAAUUAGAAAAUGUGUAACCAACAUUACAGCACUUAACACAGGGUGAGUGUGUGUGUGGGGGUAUGACUAACUCUCUUUCAGAGACACACGCCAGACUUAAAAUCAGCUGUUUGGGCACAGCUCGUGCAAUAGGGGACAACAUCUGUUGGUUAAGGUUAGGGUAAGGGUUACAGUUUGGCAAGUAGUAGUUAUAGUUAGGCUUAGGGUAAGUCUCAAGGAAAUGAUUGUGAGUCUAUGUAAAUAACCCAAAACUAAUGAAACCGUCUCUCCACUCUCUAUGACACUGUCAAACUCGACUGUGUGCUGCUAUUUUUAGAAAUUGUGACCAUUUGCAAACUUCUGUCACCACUAGUUCUCCACCCCCUUCCUUGUUAGAGUGAAGGAUGGCUGUGUCAUGGAAAAUCAAGUCAAAAGCUGUGUUGUCAUAUGCACAGAGAAAAGUUUAAUUGUUACAAUGAAAAUCUUAUUUUGCUGUAACUGACAGCACAAACAUAUUGGAGAUAAUAGAGAAAAGAAAAGAAAACCUUAUAUUUCCAUUCCUUGGGUGAGAAAAGUGCAAAUAUGGAUGUAUGUAUUCCAGUCUACAAAAAUAACUGAUAUCUCAACAUUUAUGAAAGCAAAUCUAUAAAAGCUAACUAGUCUAUAUAAAUACAAACGCAAUCUAACCCCUUCAUAAUGUCAAAGUGAAAAUGAGAAUAGCAGGGCAGGUUUGUUUUGUUGAUCAAGUUCUCAGGAAAGCGGAGGCCGAGAAGGGAUGGAGGUGUGGCCCGCUACAGGUGGAAUUCCCCUGAACUCACCUGAGUCCAGCCCCCACUCCUUUACAGGAGUAUAAAGCAUUGUAGGUGGUUAAAUUCAGCACCUUCGCUUCAGUGACAGAGGAGAGCACUGAUACUCACUACACUCACACUGAGGAUUUUCUAAGAGCGCAUUCCUUUGCAUUAUAUCGUGGCUGUAAUCAGGUAAGAGACAUUAGGCACCAAUUGUUUAAUUGAAAUGUUAGAGUAGUCCUAAGUAGAAACAUUAAAGACUUGUUUUUACUGACUUUUAAAGAUUAAGUUCAAGUUGAAUGACAAGAAGCAGAUAUGUCAUGCAAAUAAAACCAUUCUCUGAAUCCAACUUGAAUUUGAAAUUGUUUGUUUUAACUUGUAUGUAAAAAGUACCUUCUAUGUUUCUCAGUGUCUCCAUGUCAUCCCCGUGCCUCAGCAGCGUCCUGACUAAUGCAAACCUCACCAUGUACCAGACUGGUGUCUCUGAUGUUCUGUCACGGCAACCCAGUGUGCUGCCCAGCAUCAACACCCUGCAGAUCAGCAACCCAGCAUACAGCUCCAUUAGCAGUCAGUUGUACAGACAGAUCAGCCCUCACUGCUGGGCAGCAGAGAAUGUUUUGGACUGGAUCAGCGACCAUGUAGAGAGCACUAAGUUUGAUGCGAGCACCCUCAGUCUGGCCUACUGUGCUAUGGAUGGGCCCACCUUGUGCCAGAUGAGCCGGGACCAGAUGAUCGCGCUUUUUGGCCCACAGCUUGGCCCACACCUCCACCAGAGUUUGCAGGAACACAAGACCAAAUAUGAGCUGCAGAGCCUGUCAGUACCAGAGCUGAAUGAGACCUGCCUGCUCCUGGACAACUUUCUGGACAACCUGAACUUCCCUCUGCUCAGCACUAUUAGAAUUGGGCAAGCAGAAGGAGCUGUCAGCAAGAGGGACAUUGAGUAUGGGGAUGAUUACGAUCUGACCGGCCUGGCCAUGGAGUCCAUGACAUCUCUGGGAGACACCGAGUACCUUUCUGAUAAUCAGUCUGACAGCGAGCACAGCUCCUCAUCCAACAGUGGCAUGUUUGGCUUCUCAAACCUCGGCUCACCAGAGUCUGGCAGUGGUGAAUCAGACCCAGAGUUCUCCUAUCCUCUGAUUUCAAAGGUGCAUAUCAAGACAGAGAAAGGAGAGUCUCGACUGAAGCGACCACGAGGGCGACCUCCCAAGAUCAGCAGAGAACACAGCAGCAGCAUUUAUGAAAAUUCAAAGAAAAACAAACACGCACCUCGUGGCACUCACCUAUGGGAGUUCAUCAGGGAUAUUCUGAUCCACCCAGAGAGGAACCAGGGCCUGAUGAAAUGGGAGGACCGCCACGAGGGUGUCUUCAAGUUCCUUAAGUCUGAGGCUGUAGCUCAGAUGUGGGGCCAGAAGAAGAAGAACAGCAGCAUGACGUAUGAAAAACUCAGCCGUGCCAUGAGGUAUUACUAUAAAAGAGAGAUCCUGGAGCGAGUUGAUGGCCGGAGGCUUGUAUACAAAUUUGGAAAGAACUCCAGUGGCUGGAAAAUCGAGGAGAUUGGCAUUAGCAUGUAAGGAUUGAGUCUCCAUGCAAGUAGAAACCAAAAAGCCAAUCAGAGCAGUAGUUCAAGAACUGGAAAUACCUGUGUCGCCUCGCUGCCCCAAAUGUUAAGACACUAACUUCCUCUUUGAAGGAAGGUGUUGCAGAAAAUGUAAGCCAGUGUUUUUGGCUCUAGUAGGUUUUAUGAACCAAUAUUAAUGUUGUACCUGUGUUUUUUUUCACUACAGAAACUUUAUUGUGUGUGUAACAGUAACUAAAUUGGUCAUUGUUUUGGAUAUCUGUGAGUUUCUGAAAGGACUGAAAGAGCAAUAAUUUUACAGUUGUUUAACUCAUCCUCAUCUGUCACUAUGGAGUUUGUUUUGGUAAGUGGGCAUUAAUUAUUGUAUUGUGACACUGGAAAUAUCACUCUCUCUGGUGAUCUUGUAGUCUACUUAUAUUACUGUUUUGUUAUUCUAAAUAAGGGUGAAACUUUGAGAUUUUUGUAUAGAAUAAUUUGUGGAUCUGACGGUAGGACCACAUUCAGUCUUCUAUUAGUAAACAAAAUGUGACGGAUGAAGACAGAACAGGGCAAAAUAAAUGAAAGUGAUCCUACUUCACAUUAAUAUAAUAAUGAUGUGCACAACAUGUCUAUCAGUAUCACUUAUUGUAAAGUGUUUUUACACAAUGUCAAAGUGGAAAGAAGUAAAUCUCAAUAUCAAGUAAGAUAUCUUUUAAUGUACGGCAUAUUGUUUUUUAUAAAGUGUUUUUAUAGAAAUACAUUUUUUUUAUUAACAUACAGUUUUGGGAUUGAUUUUUAAAUAUGUACUCUGCAAUCAAAUUGGUGUUUCUGUAACUGUUGGGAAGGAAAAUGUAAAAACUGUGAGUGUUAAAUUCACAAUUAGUAAAUAAUUGUCUGUAGUGCUUCUUUAAAAUCAAAACUCUUUGUUCUGGUGGCCAAUUUAGCUAACAUUUAGCCAAUGUCAAAUUACAGGAGCUGGUUUGUAAGAAUAUUCUGCAAGAAAAUCAUCCUUGCAUUUGAAUAAAGAAGGUGUGUGUA